GGUCUUCAGAGGUCCGUUUGGUUCAGUUGUCUCACUGCAUUUAAUUUCUGGAUUUCUACCCUGCAGUCACCGGUCACUGGAAAGAGCAAGCAGAUUGAAGGCCCCAAGAUGUCCAUCGCUAAUGCGGCUGCCCAGGCCAUGCUGUCAGACGCCCUGCUACGCGACGGCGCUGGGGGCAACCGCAUCGGUCACCUGGAGCUGGAGCUGCCACUUGACAGGGUCAUCAAGUUUGUGUCCGUGGGGCUGCCCUUACUGCUAGUGUCCAUGGCCUUCGCUCGAGAAAUCUCCAUCGGCCCACAGAUCAGCUGUUUCCCCCCCAAUAACUUUACAGCCAAGCAGGCAGCCUACGUGGACACAUACUGCUGGGACUCCCUGAUGCACCAUGAGUUUGACACAGAUGGAAACUUUGAGGAGCGAUCCCUCUGGGUGCACAAGAUGUUCCCGUACUCUCUGUUGGCUAUGGCCAUGAUGAUGUACCUGCCUGCCCUCAUCUGGCGUUUCCUGGUCAUGCCGUCGUUGGGCUCCGACCUGCUCUUCAUCAUUGACGAGCUGGACAAAUCCUACAACCGCUCCGUGCGAUUGGCUCAGAGCAUCCUGGAGAUGCGCCAGAACACCCAGAACCCCUUCACCUUCCAGGCCGAGCUUGAGAGGGCCAAGCGGAAGCGUUACUUCGAGUAUCCCCUGUUGGAGAGGUACAUGCAGAGCAAACACGGCUCCUACUUCCUGGUCAGCAUGCUCUUUCUGCGCGGCUUCCUCUUGCUCACCUUCAUGUCUGCCGCCUGCCUCUACCUCGUCUACUUCCACCUAUCCGCCUUUCUCCAGGAUGAGUUUAGCUGCUUUGUCCGCACCGGCUUGCUGCGCGACCAAAACUGGGUCCCAGAACUGGUCCAGUGCAAAAUGACCGGACAACUGGUCUUCCAGGUUAUUAGCGUGGCUAACGGCGCUAUCUACGUCCUUCUGGUACCUAUCGUGCUGUUCAGCUUGGUCCGCCUCUUCUGUUGGGAUACGACUCUAUUGUCGGUCUACGAGGUUCUACCCGCAUUGGGACUUAACAGCGGUCGCAAGCUGGGCUGCCCGCUCAACGACCUCAACGUUCUUCUGCUGUUUUUGCGAGCUAACGUGGCGCAUCUGCAGUCUUAUGGCAGGCUGAGGGCCGUAUGCUCGCUGGCAUCCCCGCAGAUCGGGAAGGGGAAUGGCGUGAAGGGCGCAGGGAUGCUGACGGCAGAGGAAAUCGAGGAGAGGGCCGAGGCAGCACAGGAGCUGGAGGAGGAAGUGGAGGAGCUGCAGGAGGAAGGGAAGCUCAACCUGGUGGAUAUCAUGACCAUUUUAGGAGCGGCCCGGGGAAACGCGGUCAACUGCACCGAUUCCAGGCCUCUGGUGGAGGAGAAUAUGAGUCUGGAGCCAAACCACCAGGGGUACCAUGAGUUGAAGGAGACUGCAUCAUGUAAUCGUUACUAAACCACCAAUUGACUGAACCAUCAAUGUGACACCAAUUGAGGGGGAGGGGGGGGGAUCAAAAAAGAUAACCUGGGAGAGAAGCGAGGGAAGGGGUUCUGUAUCCAGAGAAGUUGUUCCAAAAAGCCUCCAUUAGAAUUAAAAGCUUGGUGGUUAACUUGAGCGAUGUAGUUUCUUUAUGUAUGACUGAGCUUCUGGGUCGUUGUGACUCAUCUUAAUUUCAACCUCAGAUUUCCUACUUUUCUUUAUGGUUAUGCGUUUUACUGUACUUGAUUUUGUGAUUUAUCAGCAAGGAAAGUUGUAUGUGUUAAAUGUCAACCAGUAACAUUUUGUUGGUUCUAUGUCAACAGAUACCAAUGUAAUGAAUAAAGUUAUUUUUAUGACUGUUGUGUUGAAUGGCUCAAGUGCAACAUUUCCCUCAACACUUGUGAAUCACAUUGUAAAUUAAUUGCCUCGGAAAAUAUAUGUGAUUAUUUAAUUGAAUAAAAUACAUUUUAAAAGUG